UGAUGGAACAGAAAAACAUGCCGACGUGCUCGAAAGGCUACCCAACUUGAUCAUUCGAUUUGAUUCAGAGUCUAACCAUCGAUUUUUCGCUACGUGUGUGAUGUGUCAGGAGGCAAUUACAUGCAACAUCGAGAAAAGUGGGUCGUGGAAAAUAUCAAACUACACCGCGCACAUGCGCAAACAUCAUCUCAACAAUACUCCACAUCUGUCGAAAAAUCGACCGGAAGAAGGCCGAUAUCAGGAGAACGGCGCAGAUCAGACUCAACCGGAACAAGAACGAGCACAGAAGAAUGACAGACACGAAACGCUGAUUUCGAACAUCGGAAUGGAUUACCGGGACGGAGAAAUCUCAAUCAGAAGCAGUGCAAAAAAGCGACAGCGAAGGACACUGACUGCUGACCCGCUUAAUUCUUCAGAUGUCGAUAAGGAAGAUCCACGGCGACUAGAACAAGGCCGAUCUCAGGACAACGAGGUACACGAAACGCUGAACUACAAAAUACGACAAGAGCAAGGCCGAGAACAGGAGAAUGAUGGACACGAAACGCUGACUUUAAGCAUUGAAAUGGAUGACCGCGACGGAGGACAAUCAAUCAACAGCAGCACAAAAAAGCGACAGCGAAGGACGCUGAAUCCUGACCCGCUAAAUUCUUCAGAUGUCGAUAAGGAAGAUCCACGGCGACUAGAACAAGGCCGAUCUCAGGACAACGAGGUACACGAAACGCUGAACUACAAAAUAUUUGAACAGGACGCAGAACAUUCUGAUACUAACAGCACUAGCACUGAUGGUAUCAUUUGCGACGAAUCGUCUCUCCUUGAAGAUUUAAACUGACGCCGUGUCAACAAGCGGCCAAUGUUGACACCGAAACCAGUGGCCAACCAUCAUCUACCACGCGGCUCAUUGACAUGUUGCAAAAUGUACACAAUAGAUCUCGGAAUACAAAAACGGCUAACGGGAUGCGUUACACGCCCGCCCAGGAUCAAAUCUUUUUAUACCAGUUUAUACAAGGAGGAAAGGAAUAUUUGAAGUGGCAGCGAGGAAACACAACGGCACCAUGCUUGCGAACCAUGCAAAGAAAACUUGCAGCUAGAGCUAAAUCCAUCACGGAGGGAGAAUUCCGCUUGCAUGAGCUGAUCGACUUUCUGCAGAAAAACAAUCUUCCAAUGGACAUUGUUCUGAGUGAAGAUGCGACCAAAAUAAACGGUCGCGUGGAGUAUGAUUAUACCACUAAACAAGUUCGCGGUCUUGUCGGCCCAAUGAACAAAGAAGGGAUGCCCCAAUGCCACAUUUUCAAGGCAACGGACCCCGCAAGUAUCUUGCGGUAUCUUAACACAUACCCUGUCGGACGAAAUGUGUACGUCGUGAUGGCCCAACCUCAUCAAAUUGGCGCUCCUCCGUUCUGUGUACAAUAUUUUUGCACAGACAACCGCUUUACCACUGAGCAGGUUUCCAAAAGAUGGAAACAUUUUAGAGAAAGGUGUGAUGAAUCCGGUGUGCGAAUUAUAAGCAUAUCAAGUGAUGGUGAUCCAAGGCCGAUCGGAGCUAUGAUAGAAGAGAUGGGAAUGCCGAAUCAUAGUUUGAACGAGUACGGAGAUGAUUUUAUUGCAUCCACUGCACCCAAGUCCUGCCCUCUGCAAGAUCCGACGCACAAAAUCAACAAACUACGCACGCGAAUGAUGAAAAAGGAAGUUGAACUGCUGUUGGGUGAUAAAAGAAUAUCUCGUGUCCAUUUGGAGUGCAUGAUAGACCAAGAAUCCAUAAUAGUUCACGGAUUGACGCAUGCUGAUUUAAACGACUCAGACAAAAUGAAGUUUGCACCUGUUGAAAAAAUUACGAAGACGCGAGUAACCGAAUGUUUGAUUAAAACUGUCCCAGAAUCUGAAGGUACGGUGUUGUAUUUAACGAUGAUGCGUUACAUGAUGGAAGUGUUUAUUAAACAUCCCUCUCGGCAAAUUUCGACACCAAAAGAUGCAAUCUCGAAACUAUGGUAUGUUUUAUUCAUUGUCCGAGCGUGGAGAAACCAUUGCAUUGCGAAGUAUAAUACGAUCAAACAUUGUAUAACAACAAAUGCUUACUGGUGUAUAGAAAUUAACGCGCACAGUUUAGUUAAUUACAUAGCAAUGUGUCGGGAGCAAAAUUUAAAAUACCAACCAGAACUUCUGCAAAGCCAAACCUGUGAAGCAUUCUUUCGAUCCGCUAGAUCGUUUACGUCGACUGAAUCCACUGUAAUUAACUUCACGAUGAUGGGAUUCGAAUCUAAACUAAACCGCAUACAAGCCAAGACUGAAAUAUCGCACGAUUCCUCGAACGGGUUUGUUUUCCCCAGAACGCAAGAGACUGAACGAACCAUCACCGAGCACAUCUUCCCAAUUUUGGCUUAA